UGUGUUAUCAGGCGGUUAUUUCACAGCUAGCUUGGAGUCGCCACAGUUGAUAGCGUUGUCGGCAUAGAUGUGGUAGAAGCGAAAUGUGGCUCCUACUAGCGCUGGUCCUGCUCCUGGGGAUCCUCGCCCUGGAGAUGCGGCGGUUCCUGCGGAACAUGAGGACGAUUCCAGGUCCACUGCCACUGCCCCUGCUCGGCAACGCCCAUCUCUUUCUGGGGCUCACUCCGGCGGAGGCCUGCCUCAAGAUCGGCGAGCUGGCGGAGCGGCACGGCGACACCUUUGGCCUGUUCCUGGGCCCGUCCUACAGCGUGAUGCUCUUCAAUCCCCGCGACGUGGAACGGGUGCUGGGCAACAGCCAGCUGCUGACCAAGUCGCAGGAGUACUCCUUCCUGGGCCGCUGGCUCAACGAGGGGCUGCUGGUGAGCACCGGACGCAAGUGGCAUCGCCGGCGCAAAAUCAUCACCCCGGCCUUCCACUUCCGCAUCCUGGAGCCCUACGUGGAGAUCUUCGACAGGCAGUCGCUGCGGCUCGUCGAGGAGCUGAGGCUGAGGAUAAGCAGGGGCCAGGAGAGGAUCAACCUGGGCGAGGCCAUUCACCUCUGCACGCUGGACGCCAUUUGCGAGACUGCCAUGGGUGUUUCCAUCAACGCGCAGUCGAAUGCAGAUUCCGAGUACGUGCAGGCGGUGAAGACCAUAUCGAUGGUGUUGCACAAGCGCAUGUUCAACAUCCUGUACCGCUUCGACCUCACCUACAUGCUGACCCCACUGGCGAGGGCGGAGAAGAAGGCCCUGGACGUGCUGCACCAGUUCACGGAGAAGAUCAUUGUGCAGCGCAGGGAGGAACUCAUACGCGGUGGAAGCGGUCAGGAGAGCAGCAAUGAGGACGCCGACGUGGGCGCCAAGCGCAAGAUGGCCUUCCUGGACAUCCUCCUGCAGUCGACAGUCGACGAACGGCCCCUAAGCAACUUAGACAUCCGCGAGGAAGUGGACACCUUCAUGUUCGAGGGCCACGACACCACAUCCUCGGCCCUGAUGUUCUUCUUCUACAACAUAGCCACCCAUCCGGAGGCGCAGAAGAAGUGCUUCGAGGAGAUCCGGUCCGUGGUGGGCAAUGACAAGAGCACUCCGGUGAGCUAUGAGCUGCUAAACAAGUUGCACUACGUCGACCUGUGCGUGAAGGAGACCCUGCGAAUGUAUCCGUCUGUGCCGCUGCUGGGUCGUAAGGUUCUCGAGGACUGCGAGAUCAAUGGAAAACUCAUCCCGGCGGGCACGAAUAUCGGCAUCUCACCGCUCUACUUGGGCAGACGGGAAGAGCUCUUCAGCGAGCCCAAUAGCUUCAAGCCGGAACGGUUCGAUGUGGUCACCACCGCCGAGAAGCUGAAUCCGUACGCGUACAUACCGUUCUCGGCCGGACCGCGCAACUGCAUUGGCCAGAAGUUCGCCAUGCUGGAGAUCAAGGCCAUCGUGGCCAAUGUGCUGCGGCACUACGAGGUGGACUUUGUGGGCGACUCCUCGGAGCCACCGGUGCUGAUUGCCGAGCUCAUCCUGCGCACCAAGGACCCCUUGAUGUUCAAGGUGCGGGAGCGUGUCUACUGAAUCAAAAGAUCACAUCAUAUUCCUUCACUUGUAAAUGAAAAUAUAUUCAAAAAUGUUAACGAUU